CAAAUAUAUUGAACGUGAAAAUUAACCCAUGCAUGUGUGUAUAUAUACAGGUAAAUAUCCAACACUUGGAGAUAAUGAAUGGUACUUUUUCACAUUGAGGAAUAAAAAGAACCCGAAAGGAUCGAGGCCCGAUCGGACGGCAAACAACGGAUACUGGAGGGCUACCACAGCAGAUACACCUAUUAAAAAUAUUGAUGGUGUCACUAUUGGAUCAAAGAGGUCUUUGAAUUUCUGGGAAGGAUUACAUCCAAAUAGGUCAAUUAAGACUGAUUGGAUUAUGCACGAAUUUAUUGCUGCUACUAAUAAUCAACAACCUUCUCGAAACAAAAGGGACAGAAACGACACGAAGUUUGACGAUUGGGCGUUGUGCCGUAUUCAUAAGAGAGCUACGAAAUUGGAUAAAAAAGCAGUCGCUGCACACGGCCGCCAAUUUGAUCAAGAAGUUCAACAAUUAGUUGCACCAGCACCUGUAAAUCUACUUCCCAAUUUCGACAUCCGUGUGCAGUCAGAAAAUCUACUUGUACCAGCACCAGCACCAGCACCAGAGAAUCUACUUUCCGAUUUCGACAUUCGUGUGCAGUCAGAAAAUCUACUUGCACCAGCACCAGCACCAACACCAGCAAAUCUACUUCCCGAUUUCAACAUUCGUGUGCAUUCAGAAAAUCUACUUGCCGAUUUCGACAUUAAUGUGCCAGAAUAUCUACUUCCAGCACCAGCACCAGCACCAGCACCAGAGGGCGAGUUGCCGUCGGAUUUUGCAUUAUAUUGGAGUAGUAUAUUGGAGGGAUUACCGAUUGAAGAAGGAAAAGAAGAAAAAGAACCCGCAAGAGAGGCGGCUGAUUUGCCGUCAGAAGAUUCAGCCAAGGAAUUUGCAAAUGAUGAUGCGUUUUGGAGUAGCGUUUUUGAUGAUGAAGAUGAAGAAGCUCAGGCAAAUCAGUGGGCGAGGCUGCCGAAAAGACGACAUUUAUAAGUUUUGAGUGUUCAUAAUCCAAAUCGAAGAGAUCAUCGAUCCCUUGAGUCGUUGUUGUUGAACCGUAAUAAUUCAUGUUUUCUUAAGUAUAAAUCCAGUGGAGAUUCGAAGAUUCAAUUCCAUGAUGUAAGAUACGCUUCUCGUUAAUUCAAGCAUGUAGUAUGUAUGUACUAUAAA